AUGCUUCGGAGGAUCCUCUUUUCCGCCAUACUAAUAGUUUUAGUAGCCGCCGUUCUGCGCAAAAAGAAGCCGUGCAUCAAUGGAACUCCAGAAGGUUCGUUCACUUUUUUUGCUGGAAAACUACAACGAUUCUGCCGUUUUCAAAUGAGAAAACCGGAUUGUUUUAUGACCAAAACUGUUGUGAACUUUGCGAAUUUUAAAUGUACUGUGUUCUGAUCAAUUGGAAAUAUUUACCAGUGCUGAAAUGUAUUCAAUCUAAUUCUCGUUUUCAAUUAGAAGACUAUGCUUGUAUUGUAACCGGAAAUUUCCGGAAACCACGCUCUAAUUUCAACACUGAAUUCACAGAACGUUAUCCAGAAAAAAAGGAUGCAUUCAAGGCUUUUUGAAUCUGGGCGCCACUCUCUAAAGUAAAUUAUCCGACCGUUCUGAAACUUGAACCCAAGAUAGUACCAUCUCAGCUUAAGAAGCUUGCUAAGUAUGAAAUUUAUGGAAACUCCCACCUUGGCAAAAGUUCGGGACUCAAAAGGUCGGGGUUGGUGCCCAGCUUUGAACAGUUCCCAAUCCAAAAUGCUUGCAGGGGACCGAUGUUUCUGUGUGGAUGGCUGGACGGGCACUCUUUGCCACCGAAAGAUGUUGUGUGCCGGCUACGAACGUCUUCAGAACGGCAGUUGCAUCGAGUGCCAGUUGGGAUGGGCGGGCGCCGACUGCGACAUAAUCGACUGUCACGGCAACGGAAUGCCCAACUACGACCUGACCGAGUGCACUUGCACCGAGCCCUACUCGGGAAAGUAUUGCGAGAUCACGGACACGAAGGACAUCUAUAGAUGGUACAACAACUUCACCUCAAGCAUCGGACCCAUCGGAAUUCUGACUAUCAUUCCAUUGGCUUUGAUCUAUAUGUGUAAGUGGAACCAAGACGAUUAGAAGAGAAAUAUACAUUUCAGGCUGUGAGCACUUUGCCAAGAAGCGUCAGCUCCGUCGUGUGGAGCAGCACUUGAACGGCGUGUAUAUCACGACCGGACGGAAGCAGGUGGACAAGGAGCUCGUGAAGGGACUGCUCGAGGCCUCCGACGAUGAGAAGUCGGUGAAAUCGGUGAAGGCGGCGACGGCGGCGGCGAGCGAAGAGAAGGAGGCAGGGGGAGGUCAGAACGGAGCAUAGCACCGAGCACAACUCUUCAGUUUCUAUCCAAUUUUAGAAGAAGUCAUAAAAAUGAGAAAUUCAGCGACGACCAGUGAGAAGAAGGCGCUGCUCGCCGAUCCAGCCGACUUGUAG